AUGGCUUCCAUAGUCAACACAGUCUACUCAAUAAAACUGUCUUCCGACAGUAAUCGACGGCUAGCUGCGAAGCUCAGCUGUAUAUAUCCCAACAGGAGGAGCCUUGUGGUGAGAGCUUCUGAAACAGAUACGGACCAAGUUGGAGCUAAGGCACCGGAUAAGGUGCCCGCUGAGAGCGGUUCGAGUAUAAAUCAGAUUCUUGGUAUUAAAGGGGCUAAACAAGAAUCUAAUAAGUGGAAAAUUCGAGUUCAGCUUACAAAGCCCGUUACUUGGCCGCCUCUCGUCUGGGGUGUGGUCUGUGGAGCUGCUGCAUCUGGAAACUUCCAUUGGACUUUUGAAGAUGUAGCUAAAUCGAUCGUAUGUAUGCUUAUGUCCGGCCCUUGUUUAACUGGCUACACUCAGACUAUGAAUGAUUGGUACGAUAGAGAGAUCGAUGCCAUUAAUGAACCAUAUCGCCCGAUUCCUUCGGGAGCUAUAUCCGAGCAGGAGGUGAUUACACAAAUAUGGGUGCUGCUUUUGGCAGGCCUUGGCUUCGCCGGUCUACUAGACGUGUGGGCAGGGCAUGAUUUUCCAGUGAUAUUUUGCCUUGCCGUGGGUGGAUCUUUAGUGUCCUACAUAUAUUCGGCUCCACCAUUGAAGCUCAAACAAAAUGGAUGGAUUGGAAAUUUUGCCCUUGGAGCAAGCUAUAUAAGUUUGCCUUGGUGGGCUGGUCAAGCAUUGUUUGGAACUCUCACACCUGAUAUCAUUGUUCUAACACUGCUUUACAGUAUGGCUGGUCUGGGAAUAGCAAUUGUAAAUGACUUCAAAAGUAUAGAAGGGGACCGGAAAAUGGGACUACAGUCACUACCGGUGGCUUUUGGGGCUGAGACUGCAAAAUGGAUAUGUGUCGGUGCUAUCGACGUAACUCAGAUAUCUGUGGCGGGCUAUCUUCUAGGAUCAGGGAAGCCGUAUUACGCUCUCGCACUUUUAGGAUUAAUCGCUCCACAAAUCUUUUUCCAGUUCAAGUACUUCCUCAAAGAUCCCGUCAAAUAUGACGUCAAAUAUCAGGCUAGUGCUCAACCGUUUCUGAUACUCGGUCUAUUAGUCACUGCCUUAGCAACAAGCCAUUGA